CAUGACCAUGUACAGAAGCAAGAACCUGGAAGUGAAAUUAAAAUUAGUGAAAUCCUGCAAGCUGAUCUUGGCCAUGUCAAGAAUCAAGAAUCUGCAAGUGCCAUUACAAUUAAAGAAAUUCUGCAAGAUGAGCAUGAUCCUAUGGAGAAGCAAGGGCAUACUAGUGCUAGUAAGAAUGGAAAACAACCCCUUCAAGAUCUCCCUGAAUCUGGCAGCUCAGCAUCAUCCUACAGUCCUGACUGCUCCACUCGUCAUAACUUCACAAGCGCUCACAGUGAACUUCCCAUGCCGGGAAGCAGUCGCUCAAUGCUGUGCAAUAGGGUCCAAGUUCAUCCUCGCAAAGUUGACGUGGUUUUGCCUGAAGGUGGAAUCGCUCUACCCUUCAGCGAUGAUAGCUGGGUCGCCGUCAGUUUGGACUUCUAAAAUCCAUCAAGGCAAUUGUUCUUUAGGCAGCAGACCUUGUCAUGUUAUAACAAUGCGAUAGUGC